AUGGUGCAAUCCGCCCUGGUAAGUGCUAUUAGUAGGAGGUGGACGCAGACAACGCUGGUGCAGAUGUUGAUUGGCGAAGUUGGCUCGUUGGACUUUGGAUAUGGCGUCGUCCUUCAGCGGGCCGUUGAUGUUUCGAGCCUUGAGCUGGUGAAGCUGCUGCUGCGGCACGGCGCGGAUCCCGAUACUGCCAUUCCCGCGAAGAAUAAUCCCGGCGUGAUGUUUGGGAAUACGAUGGGGUGGAAUGCGACUAUUUUGGCUGCGGUAGGAGGCAAGACGGAUAUCGUGGAGGCGCUGGUUGAGGCGGGUGGUGAUCCGGAUUUCCUGGAUCACAGCGGGCGGACCCCGUUGUCUUUUGCGGCCGAGCGUGGGCAUGUUGAGACGGUGCAGCUUCUUCUGGGCUAUGGGGUUGAGGUUGCGCUGCGUGAUAAAGUGUGGCAUCGGAGGCCGUUGGAUUGGGCUGUGCUCUACAUCCUGCAGCAUCCCCCAGUCCCGCCGCCACUGCUUCACAAACCUCACCACCAAGCCAGCAGAGAUCAAAUCCACGCCCCCCUUCAGAGCAGGACAAACCUGCUCCGUAAGCGUUCCUCGUGCGUGAUUGUGCUGACACCACUAUGCAAGGAGUUCUCCGAUACCGAAGACCCAGCCAUCAGCCGCGCCGGCGUGGCCUUCAUCUUCCUCUACGCCUUUUUCUGGGCCUUCUUCUUCAAUUCCGCUAUCUGGGUGAUUGUGUCCAAGAUCUUCCCGCUUGAUCUGCGAGCUACGGGGGUUGGCUUCGCCAUGUUUACGCAGUCCGUCACGGCCAUUUGGCUCAGUUUUGCGGCGAGCAUUGCGUUUGAUAGGAUCCAGUGGCGGUUCUAUUUUGUUUUCAUUGCGACGAAUAUUCUUGCCCUUGCUGCGUUUUAUGUCUGGUUGCCUGAGACGAAUCAGUUGACGCUGGAGGAGAUUGCGGCGAGGUUUGGGGAUGUUGUUGCUGAGCCGGUUGGGAAGAGCGCGGAUGGGGAUGGUCUUGAUGCUCAGCAGGUUGCUGCUUCGGGGGUCGAGGAUCCGAAGUCAGGCGAGCAUGUCGAGUACGUGCAGGGACGCGUGUGA